AUGGACAACAGACCUGCCUCCGAGUACGCGCAGUCAGGUUCGCACUUUCCGUAUCCUCCGUCUGCCGCUGCGCAUUCUGAACUCCCAGCUGCAGACCAGGCUUCUGCUGCUGCCACUGCUCCAUACACGCCUCAGCAAGAGGUCCGUCCUACCCCUCAGUACACGCCUCAACCCGAGGUUAGACCUGCCUCUGCCGCCGCCGCCAAUAUUUCGUCCUCCAACACACCGCAGUCGGACUACGGUCUGAACCAGCCGCCCGCCGCGCGCUCACCCGCUUAUCCGGACUACCUCGCUCGCCCGCCUCAAUACCAUCACGCCCCAACACCCAGGCCGGUGGUGCGGCAGUCUGACGCGGACGUUCCUAUAGAUCCCUCAAUCGCGGCCUCUAGCCCUACCUAUCCUCCUCCCUAUUCGCCGUAUCAGCCUCAGGGUCAUGACAUGGCCCAGUAUCAAGGCCAUCCUCCCCCGCCUCCUCCUCAGAUGUAUGGGCGUCCGGAAUGGUCGCAUGGUUAUGGACAGCACCAGCACGGUCUUCCUGGACCCUAUAGCGCUCCUGCUACAACGGUUGGUCCCGCCUCCCCUGCUGCGACCGCAGGGCCGCGCCCUGGCCAGGUAUACUCUUUUGUGCCCAUUCCUGGGGCGCAACAGCACAAACGACCCCGACGUCGCUAUGAAGAAAUCGAACGUAUGUACAAGUGUGGCUGGAACGGGUGCGAAAAGGCUUAUGGUACUCUCAACCACCUGAAUGCCCACGUUACUAUGCAGUCGCACGGAGCCAAACGGACUCCCGAAGAAUUCAAAGAAAUCCGCAAGGAAUGGAAAGCUCGAAAGAAGGAGGAAGAAGCCCAGCGUAAAGCUGCCGAGGAGCGUGAACGUGCUGCCGCCGCUCAAGCUGCUCAGGCGAACCAGGUUGACGCUCCCGGUCCCACCGAUCCUGCGCAGGCUCAACCUCCUGCUUACGCUGGCGGUGUCCGCCCUCAGCUGCCGCCAAUUGGCUACCAACCUGCCGACGGCCAAGUACCGGGGCAGUACGGCGGUGCCGGUGGCAUGGUGUAUCAGGGUAAUGGCCAGAUGGCCUAUCCUCCAAACUACCCUCACUCUCCGUAUGGACAAAGCGGGCAGGUGUAUCAGCAACGUAAGUAG